AUGACUGAUCAAGAUACACGUUAUCGUCUUGUUUUACUUGGAGCAAGUCGUACAGGAAAAUCAUCUAUAAUUCAUAUGUUUUUAAAUGGAAAAUUUUUGGAUACAUAUAAAGAAACUGUUGAAGAUUUACAUUAUCGAGAAUUUACUAUUGAUGAUAAAACGAUUAAAGUUGACAUAUUAGAUACAGCUGGUAAUAUGGAAUUUCCUGCAAUGCGUCGUUUGUCAAUUGCAACAUCACAUGCAUUCAUUCUUGUGUAUAGUGUUGAUAGUAUGUCAUCUUUUGAAGAAAUUCGUCGUAUAAUUGAACAAAUAAAAGAACAACGAACAAACUAUGCUGAAAUACCAAUUGUUGUUGUUGGAAAUAAAACAGAUCGUACAUCUGUUCGUGAAGUUGAAGAACAACAAGUCCAUACAAUGGUCAAUGAACUUGGUCCAUUACAUUGUCGUGUAGCUGAAUGCACAGCACUUGAUCGUGCAUCAAUAAUUGAUAUAUUUCUUAAACUACUUAGUCUUGUACAAUUAUCAGCAGCAAGACAAUUAAGUCCUAUAUUAAGACGAAAAGUCAGUGAACGACUCAAAAAAAAAGAAUUUGAUGACAAAAAUGACAAAGGUAUUAGUCGUAGUCGAAGUCUUAUACGACGCACAUCUAUGAAAAAAAAAUCAGCAUCAUCUGGCGGUGAUAAGCAUUCACCGGAAACACCUGAUUGUUUAGUUUCAUAA